AUGGGUUCUAACAAAACUAAAUUGCUAAAUUCAUGUGGUUUAAUAAUUGCAAUUUUAUGUCUUUUGCAAUUGAAUAUGUCAAGAGCACAAAAGGUGACAGCCAUGUAUGUGUUUGGUGAUUCUCUAGUUGAUGUUGGGAAUAAUAAUUAUUUGGAUACAGUAUUCAGAGCAAAUUUUCUUUUCAAUGGAAUUGAUUUCCCUGGUGGCAAACCAACUGGAAGAUUCAGUAAUGGGAAAAAUGCUGCUGACUUUAUUGCCGAAAAUGUUGGUUUAUCUACACCUCCACCGUAUCUUUCCAACAAGAAUGACCUCUUUCUGAAAGGUGUAAGCUUUGCCUCGGGAGGAGCUGGAAUUUUAAAUAGCACCAAUGAUCAUCCUUAUAAUGGAACAAUUUACCUCUCAAAACAAGUUGGGUAUUUCUCUGAAGUGCAACAAAGGUUGAUUAAAAAUAUAGGAGAAAGUGCAACAAAAAAACACUUGUCAAAUUCUCUAUUUACCUUUGUUAUUGGAAGCAAUGACCUUUUCAACUAUUUCACUUCAAAAUCCAGAUUCCCUACCAUCAAAUCACCACAAGAGUACAUUGAUUUAAUGUUAUCUACCUUUUCGAACCACCUAAUGCAAAUACAUGGUUUGGGUGGACGUAAAUAUGUGAUUGUUGGGAUUGGACCAAUAGGGUGCACUCCAGCGCAAAGGCUUCUGAAUUCUUCAUAUAAUUGUAACGAUGAGGCUAAUCAUUGGGCCAUAAUUUACAAUAAAUCUUUACAAUCCAUGUUGCUAAAAUUGAAGUCAAAGCUCAAGCAAGAUUUCAGCUACUCCUAUUUCAACAUCUAUGAUUUCUUGGUUGAUCUCAUCCAAAAUCCUACAAAAUAUGGUUUUCUUGAGGUUAAAUCUGCUUGUUGUGGGAUAGGGAAAUUAUAUGCUGAAGGUCCUUGUAUCCCUCUUUCAAAAUAUUGUCCCAACAGGAGUGAUCACAUUUUCUGGGAUGAAGUUCAUCCUACAGAGGCAACAGCAAAAAUUCUUGUUAAUACUCUCUUCAACAAUACAAAAAAAUAUGUAACCUCAAUGAAUUUGACCAUCAUGUAG